UGCAGUGCACCACCCAUCUCACUCGACUCGGCUUGACCCAACCCAACCUACCUCGCGAUCCCCCCCUCCUCCGCCGCCGUCUCGUCGAGAGAGAGAGAGAGAAGGACUAUCGAGAUGGCAACUGCAACUGCUCCGAGAUUGUGCUUUCCUAAACCCGGCGCGGCCAUUGCUCCGGCGACCAAGAGCCCUUCCUUCAUUGGUUACGCAAAGCAAACAUUGAACAUGUCAGGCCUAAGGAUCUCCAACAAGUUCAGGGUGUCCGCGACAGCGGUGCACAAGGUAAAGCUUAUAGGCCCGGACGGUGUCGAGCACGAGUUUGAAGCCCCUGAAGAUACCUACAUUCUCGAGGCCGCUGAAACUGCCGGGGUGGAGCUGCCAUUCUCAUGCCGUGCUGGAUCAUGCUCCACAUGUGCGGGUAAGAUGUCAUCGGGAGAAGUUGAUCAGUCGGAAGGAUCCUUCCUCGACGAGAACCAGAUGGGCGAGGGAUACGUUCUGACAUGCAUUUCGUACCCUAAGGCGGAUUGCGUCAUUCACACCCACAAGGAGGAAGAACUCUACUAGGUCGCUCUUUUUAUGCUUCUGUGGGCACAUUUGCUGAUUUCAAAGUGGACUCGCUGUUCAGUUAGUUUUCGCUAUCCAAAAAAUGGCCAUAUCUUUGUAUUAGUCUUUUGAUGGGACCGUGUCAUAUGAGUUGUGACAAUAAUUGUCGUAGUCCUGUUCAGCAUUUCAAAUUGCGUUUGUUCAAUUCACAGCAGGUCCAACUUCCAACGAUGACAUGUUAUCAGAAGUUGUGUGUAAUGGUAUUAUUGUGGAUCACUUCCAGUAGGAAAAAAUUGACUUGUCCUUUCUCCACAUGCUAUUUUGCAAGAUGAAUCAGAAGUUCAGACAUUGUAGAACUUUCUAUUUA